AUGUCAGUGUUGAGAAACAUGAGUAACGUACAGAAUAACAAAGUUAGUUUACCAUCGAUAUCCAAUAUACUCCGUGAGUCAGGACCGGUGUAUCAGCAACCAUAUGGAGGAUCGUACCAAAGGUACGACGUAGGACCUCCACCUCCAUUGGAGGCACGUUUUGGGGCCUACGAAGGUGCCAGAUUUGGCCCACGCUAUGAGAUGGGAGCCAGAUAUGAAACCUUGCCUCGGUAUGAAGGGUCACCUAGGUAUGCUGUGUCACCCAGAUCUGAUAUUUCGCCUAGAUACGAUGCUGCAAGGAUUCCUGUUUCACCCAGAUACGAAACUUCAGCUCCUUAUGGGCCUAGAUAUGAGGGUAUGUCUCGCCCCAGCUUCGACAUCACCCCUAGAUACGGAGCCCCAACUCACGAGAGACAUAGAGCAGUGUCUUCUGAGGCAUCGUUACCAGUUGCCGGAGUAGUUCCAACGCACUUCAAGUCAGACGAGCCAAAAUAUGCAGUUAAAACAAUGACCAACGCAGGAGUGUGCAAGCGGAAAACGAGAAACAAUCUCCCUAAAGAAACCACCUACAUCCUCAUAAACUGGUUGAAUGACCACCUCAAUCACCCUUACCCAAAUUCGUUCGAGAAGAACCAGUUGAUGAUAGCAACUGGAUUGAACCAUCAGCAAUUGCUGAACUGGUUCAUCAAUGCCAGAAGACGCAAAAUAAAAAUGUUAAAGGAACAAAGGAAAUUAAAUUCAUAA